UUAUCAGUUACUCAACUUUAAUUUUUACAUCUGAAAAAUUAAAACCCACCAUGUAGAGAUUUUUACCUGGCUGAAAAAGCAUUUAUCAAAUGCUUCAUCUAAUAGCUUUUUUCCUUGUGUUUAUUGCUCCUGGUGGAGGUGUCCUGGAGUCCAGCGAGCCGCAAUUUCAACAUCCCAUAUAUCACCUUCGAAUUCAGGAAAAUGCCGGACCCAAAACUUAUUGUAAAGGCGACAGAAAAAUUGAACUGAACAUUCAAAAUUAUCAAGAAGUACAUUUCAAACUGGUUGAGGAAGAAGUGCAUGGUGGAUCGGAAAUUUUCAAGGUGGAGGAGCAAUUUAUUGGAACAUACGUCUGCGCUUUAAUAAGAACGAAAGGCGGGACCACUAGCUCAAGCUCACUUAACAGAGAACGGACUAGUUCAUAUGUUUUUUCACUUCAAGCGAUCCUCAGAUCAAGUCACCAGGAAAUUGUCAAGACCACAAAGAUUUUUAUCAAUGUUCUUGAUGUUGAUGAUCAUCCACCUUAUUUUCUGAAUCAUAAUUUUCACGUUAAUUUAUAUGAAAGUACUGAAGUGGGGAGCUCAGUUUUUAAAAUUAGUGCAGUUGAUUCCGAUGAAGGGAGAAAUGGCGAAUUGUUUUUCACGAUUGUUGACCCCAUUGAGAAUAAUUUUUUCUUGGACCCGCACUCUGGUGAGGUUAAAUUGGUUCGACCACUUUCAUUCAAACGAGAACCAGAUUUGAAUCUCAAGGUGAUAAUUGACGACAGAGGACAGAAAAAUUACCCCGGAGCUUCACAUACCAGUUCAAGGGAAACUAUUCAUUUUCACGUCCAGCAAAACAACACUGAAGCACCCACAAUUACUCUUACUCAUCUGCCUGCUGUUAUAGAACAUGGCUUGAAAGGAAGCCUAUAUGCUAUUCUGAAAGUGAACGAUAAUGACAGGGGAGUAAACGGAGAGAUUCGGAAUGUUAGGAUCUAUUCAGGUGACCCGAUGGGUCAUUUUGAACUAAUUCAAAGUCAAAACGAUCCGAAUUUUUGGGAUUUAAAAAUUGCGCAUUCAUUGGACAGAGAAGAUAUGCCGGAUGGUUACAACCUAACAGUUGAGGCAACGGAUGCUGGAAGCCCAGCGCGCUACACUUUGUACAACCUCCCUGUCCACGUCAUAGAUACAAAUGACAAUAAGCCAAUUUUUCAAAGUGACUUAAGCCACAAGUGCAAGGAAGUGCUUCCGCCCUUCACUCCAUUAUUCAAAGUUAUCGCAUAUGACAAAGAUAUUGGACAGAAUUCUAAAAUCAAGUACGAUAUUUUAUCAGGAAACGAUGAAAAUAUGUUUUGGUUGAAUCCAGAUAACGGGUGGCUUUUUAAAUCAGCUCCUCUAUGGCAUCAUUUAGACUGGAAGUAUUAUCUUAAUAUUAGCGCUACAGAUCAAGCCAACUUUGGUUCGCAAAAAUCUGAAAUCGCUAUUUUUUCUAUCAAUGUAAUUGACGAAAACAAUCAUGCUCCUGUAACCACAAAGACUUCUUUCUCGAUAGAUGAAUCAGUGACUGCUGGGUCAAUAAUAGGUUCUCUGACAUCCGGUGACAGCGAUGUACAUAGAACAUCUGAUACAUCUCGUUUCUUCUACAAAAUGCUCGGAAGCUAUCAGGAAAACAACAUACCAUUUUACUUAUAUCCAAAUGGCUCGAUAGCAGCCAUACGAGAAAUAGACUUUGAAACUAUGCCGAAUUUAUACGAGUUUUAUGUUCGCAUUGAAGAUAAAGGUAUUCCAUUUUCAAGAGCCUCAGACGAAUUAAUUUCCAUUCUAAUUUACAACACUAAUGACGAAAAACCCCUGAUGAAAGAUAAAUCAUGCAAAGUUAAGAUCCCAUUCGAUAUUGAAGCUACCACUCUUGUUAAUGUUGAAGCUGUUGAUCCCGAUGGAACGCCUGUAAGCUACAAAAUUAUAAAGGGAAACGAAGACCAAAUUUUCGAAAUUAAUUCCAUAAACGGUCUUUUCGGCCUGUCGCCUAAAUGGAACGAUUAUCGCCUCACUGAAGUAACUAAAUAUCAAGUCUUAGUCGUUGCAUCUGACGAUUUAUUUGAUUCUGAGCCGCUCUUAAUCGACAUUGAGGUCAAUUUGGAAGCUGGAUCCUAUCUUCAUUGCGAAGAUUCAAACGCUGAAUCAAAAGUUGAAGAAAUGAAGAAAGCGAAACAGAAAGAAACAAAAAUGCGCGACAGUUACAUGUCUUCACCAUUCGAGCCAUGUUGCGAAAACAAGAACAAACCUCGAAUCGAAAUGGUUGACAAGAAAAAGUUUUUUGAAGUAAUGGAAAAUAUUCCCAUUGGAACAACCGUGCUUUCUUUUCACAUGUCAGAAUUUAUUCCUUCGGGCGCCGAUGGUGAUGAAGGGUUUGCAUCUAUGCUUACGUCUUCGAUAAGCAGUGGAAACGAAGAUGCGUGUUUCACAGUUGACUUCGACAACUCAAUAACCUACUCGGAUCCUAAUCCGACAACCUUUGUGCGCGUGAAGACUCUGUCACCGCUGGACCGCGAGGUUAAAGAUUCUUAUAAUCUUACCUUGACUGCCUUCGAUCUGUCACCACCAUAUCACAAUUACUCAGUUUCAGUUACAAUUAGAAUUUUAGAUGAGAAUGACAACUACCCAAAGUUUUUAUUCUCGGGAAAUCAGCAACUCAGUUAUGUUGCUGCAAUCAAAGAAAAUGUUUAUCAAAAUGAGCCGAUUUUGCAAGUCAAAACUGUUGACGACGAUUUGGGUGACAAUUCAAGAGUUUCAUACAGCCUGCCGAUUAAGAACGAUUUUUUUUCUGUUGAUAAAGACAGUGGUAAUUUGUACCAGCUCCAAGCUCUUGACCGUGAAAUGAAAAGCUAUCAUGUUUUCAAAAUAGAAGCGGUGGACCAUGGAACGCCUAGUUUGAAAUCUCACGCAGUCAUCAACAUUACAGUAAGGGAUGUUAACGACAAUCCACCUAAAUUUUACUCUGACUACUACAAGUUACGAAUCCCGGAAGAUUAUCCCAUUAAUGCUUUUAUUGUCCAAGUGAAGGCCGUUGAUAUUGAUUUAGACAGUGAAGUUUCCUAUUCAUUCGGUUUUGGGGACCAUCAUAUGUUAAGGCUUGACAGCGAAACUGGAGUGAUUCUUCUUGCCAGAAGCCUGGACUAUGAAACCCAGAAAGUGCUGAAUCUUUCGGUUAUUGCUCGAGAUUCUGCCACGGAACCUUUGUCAGCAUCUGCCAAUGUUGUCAUCGAAAUUACUGACGUCGAUGAAAAUGUUUACGCUCCUGAGUUUCAAAACGAGUCCCAAUAUGUGUUAGCGAAGAUUCCAGAAAACAGACCAUCGGGGUCUUUAGUUACGCGUGUGUUUGCUGUAGAUUACGAUGAGGGCGUUGAUGGACAGGUGCGAUAUGCAAUUGUGGGCGGAGACGGACACGGCAGAUUUUCCCUAAACCCGAUUACAGGCGAGAUACAUACCCUAGACGUGUUUGAUCGUGAAACUCAGCAGUUCUAUUGGUUAGACGUCAAAGCACACGACUUAGCGGCGGUCCCUAAACACUCGAUGCUAUUUCUCUGUGUUGAGAUUGAUGAUAUGAACGACAAUCCACCACUCCCCGAAUUGCCAGUGUUUGAAGUUCGUCUGGACGAGGAGAAGCCUAUCGCGACGUACGUCGGAACUGUUAGGGCGACAGAUGCUGACGUCAGGGACUCGGGUAUGGGCGCGAAUGAUGAGAAGUUGUUCCAUUAUCGAAUCAAGCAGUACUCGGAGGGAUAUCAGUACUUUCAAGUGCAUGACGGUGUGAUUCGCACUGCCCAGGUGUUGGACCGCGAGUCUCUCGCUACAGACUUGUUUGAAUUAGAGGUAGAGAUAAGUGACGGCGACUUCGAGUCCAAUUCGGGUCUGACGAGUAUUGCAAAGGUGAUGGUACGAGUGACUGAUACGAACGACCACUCACCAGAACUACUAUUCGACAUGAACGAAGUGUUUCUAGUGCCACCAGCCAAACCCCAGCCAGACACGGGCAAAUACCUCCUGCACAGAGUGGUGGUGAUAGACCGUGACCUUGGAGUGAAUGGGGAGUUGAGCUACAGUAUCUUGAGAGUCAGCUGUAGUGACAUGGAGGGGGGUAAACUGGAUGGGAAGGGGGACCUGAAGGUGUCUGUGGACCAGUUCGGACACAUAUUCAGCCAGUCCUUGCCCACUUUGCCGGCCAUCAUCGACCUCAAUCUCAACGUCACGGACAAAGGUGCGCCUUCUAAUACUAAGUUCUUCCGUAUCAUCAUCAACCUGCAGCAGAAAUCAGAAGAUGACGACAGCCAGGGAGACUUCCUGAUGAUCAGCCAAUUCACGGAGUCAGAGGGAAGGGCACUGCCUACCCUAGUGGCCGAGAACAGUCUGGGUCUGGUGACCGAGAUCUCUGUGUUCUCAAGUCCCAGUGAUGAGAAUGACCUCGUACGACCCAUCAUUCUUGCUGGCAACGACGACAACAAAUUUGCAAUAGUGGGCUCGAAUCUAGUGGUGGCCAAAAGGCUAAAUUGUGAAGAGAGAGACAAAUAUGAUCUGGUCAUAGCUGCUACUGACGGAGUCAAGUUCUCAUCCAACAUUACUUUUCCGAUCACAGUGUUGGACGUGAAUGAAUUCUCGCCAGUAUUCGGUCAGAAGAAAUACACGGUUGAGGUGCCAGAGACAAUGGCACCUGGAACAUCCCUGUACACGCUUACAGCCACAGAUAGAGACUGUUCGAGUCAGGUUCAGUUCGAGCUGGAUGCCUGUCUCACUCCCCAUAGUGAAGGCCACUUUGUCAUCUCUGUCUCUGGCGAUGUAGUGCUGGCUCUCCCUCUGGACCACGAGACUACCAGGCAACACAUUCUCCGAGUCAGAGCCAUGGACACAGGUGGUGUGCCAGAGAAGGCUGACUAUGCUUACGUCACAAUCGAGGUGAGUGACAGGAGUGACAAUGCGCCCGUGUUUGUGACGUCACAAUAUGACGUCAGAGUGUUCGACACGAGUGCUGUGGGCUCUGUGGUGACUCAUGUGACAGCCAUAGACAGGGACAGGGGCUACAGUGGAGUGGUCACGUACACUUGUGAUAAAUCUAGUAACAAUUACUUUGAUGUGCGACCGGAGACUGGGGAGGUGACUCUGACUGUGGAGCUGAAUCAGACAAUGGUUGGGAACACGUACCAGUUGCAGAUUUAUGCCUUCGACGAACCAGAUCCCGAUAAACCAGACAAGAAGCGAAGAAGAUCCGAGGAACCCGCAAUCGUUACCAUCACUGUCGUAACAGGCGAACACUCUCCUCCCCUUUUUCAGAAAAGCGAAUACGAAGUGAGCAUCAAAGAGAACCAACCUUUCAGCUCGUUUGUCUUUCUCGUGCCUGUUAUCUGCCAUUCGACGGUUCGGUUUGCUAUCGUCGGCGGAGAUCCCGAUGAAAUGUUCGAUAUCAACCCGAGCACCGGUGCUAUUUCGGUCAAACAAAAUCUAGAUUUCGAAGUGAAAAGAUCUUACAAGCUUGAAAUCGAAGCUACAAACGCCGCCGGUUUGAAAGCGUACACGUUUGUUAAGAUUAGUUUAAUAGACGUGAACGAUAAUCAUCCGAAGUUUGAACGAACGUUCUUUCAUGGAACUGUAAGCGAAGGCAUACCGGAAGGUUCUGUGAUUCUCAGUUCCCAGGAACAAACGAAAAUUCUUCUUGUCAAAGCUUUAGACAAAGAUUCGGGAAAUAAUGGGCGGAUUAAAUUCGAGAUUCUUGAUGAGCAAGCAAAGAAAAACUUCACAAUAGACGCUAACACUGGAAGUUUGAGAACCAAAACUGUGCUUGAUUUCGAAGAAAAACAGUUUUUCACCUUCAAAGUUUCAGCUCAUAAUUUAGGGAACCCGCCUUUGUUUACCUUAAGCGACGCUAUAGUAAACAUAACGAUAACUGACAAAAAUGAUUGUCCACCUAAGUUUGAACUGCCUGCGUAUUCAGUAGUUCUCUACCAACCGACUUUUGAUGGUGUAAUUGUGGCUCAACCAAAAGCGGUGGAUCGCGACAGUCCUGCAAUGACCAAGUUUGAGUAUUCAAUUGUGAACAGCAAUGCGGAUGAUAACCUGUUCACUAUAAAUCCCGAAACAGGCGUCAUUACUGCGUCAGCAAGCAGGAGCAUGCGUCGCAGUUACUCGUUGACCGUGCAAGUUCUGGAUUUUCCCGUCGAACCUUUGUCAGCUUUGGUGACUGUUCAUGUAACUGUCCAAGAAGCGCUUGGAAACUACCUUUUGCAGAAGUCUCAUUACAACGCAACUAUUAAAGAAAACACAACAAUUAUACAAUCUGUGACGCGACUUUUGGUGAAAGAGAAAUACGAAAAGAAUACCAAGUUAUUCCGGCUGAGAAAUAACGUUGACUUAUUUUCAAUUGGGCUAUCUAACGGGCUAAUUAGUACAAAAGAUGGUAAAAUUUUUGACCGUGAGAAGAAGUCUUCCUACUUUUUGCAAGUGGAAAUGCGAAUGAUAGGUGUGACUCAUCGAGCUUUGAUUCUCGUUCAAGUGAAAGUUCUGGACGUUAAUGACAACAAGCCGGAGUUUGUCAGGCUACCAUACAGAUUUGGGGUCAAAGCGGGGUCGCCAAAAUCAACUUUGAUUGGACAGGUAACUGCGUUGGACCGUGACGAGGGUGAGAAUGCGGUAGUGUUCUACAGAGUGGAGAGGAACUUCAUCUCUCUGUUCGAAGUUGACCUCAAAGACGGAUCCCUCUACACCAGAGACCUCAUACCGUCAAAUCAACUGCAGACCAACCUGCAUCAGGUCAUAGUCGUCGAAGCAUGGAACAAAAACAACGACUCAAUGCGUUCUUCAGUGAACGUGACAAUUGAGUUCAUGCCGCAAGAGGCGCCCAUGUUCACGCAGAGUGAAAUUACGGUGAGAGUGCCCGAGAACACUGCACUGGGUGCACAGAUAGCACAGCUGGAAGCAGUGAGUGCGGAUGCUUCUAGAAUAUUCUACACGAUAGAACAGGGCGACAGAGAUCAGCAAUUUGACAUCAACUUCCUCACGGGUUGGGUCUCGAUUACUUCCAAACUGGACUACGAAGAGGGGCCCCAGAAGUACACUUUGAUAGUGCGUGCAUGGGACAGCAAAGUGAGUCAUGUCUUCUCCAAUGCGAGACUGAAUGUGAUCGUGGAGGACUCCAACGAUUCCCCUCCCGUAUUCUCCCACCCCGUCUACAGAGCCUCUAUCUCGGAAGGGGCGGCGCCAGGGACAUUCGUAGUUGAAGUGGUGGCACGUGAUGCUGACAGUGGUGAUAAUGCAGCUCUGCAGUACAUCAUCAUCGCCAGUGCGGAGGGAUCUCAGAACUUCCAGAUAGACGAACAGUCUGGAGUCAUCACCACCAAACGACAUCUGGACAGAGAAAAGAUAUCCGAAUACUCGCUCCUGGUGCAAGUACACGACACCAAACACUUCGACGUCACCACAGUUGUCAUCACAGUGAACGACAUCAACGACUGCACCCCCCAAUUCUACCACAGUCACUACAGUCUCAACUUCGAUGAGUCAGAGGGGGGACCACGUCCCUUCUGUCUGGGCAAAGUGGAGGCGUAUGAUCUGGACAUAGUGAAUAGAGACUCUGUGUUCUAUGAGAUCAAAAGUGGCAAUGAGCAGAAUUUGUUCCAUGUCGAGAAGAAUAAAGGACUGCUGUACAUCGACAAUUCAGACAACAUCGAGUUGGAACCGUUUUACAAUUUAACAGUAACUGCCUCGGACACAGUUCAUACUAAACUCGCUCCUGUCUCAGUUCGAGUCACAACUAUCAACCGACACGCACCCAGAUUUUCCCACCAGGAGUACUACAUGAACCAAGAUAUAGUCGAACACUCCGAGUACCAUAUAAGAAACUCGUUUCUCACGGUUAAAGCUUACGACAACGAUAAGGGCAUAUGCUCUGAGAUAACGUAUUCACUCAUAGGCGACAAGGUUGCAAAGACGUACAGAAUCGACCCGAAAACAGGCGAGAUGUUCUUGAGAGUCCCUAUUGAUAGAGAAGAUCCGGAGUUGGACACUGUGGUGAGAAUCAUGGCUUCAGACGGAAUGGGUCGACAUGCGUUCGCCAAAGUGAACAUAGGAGUCAAGGAUAUUAAUGAUCAAGUGCCACAGUUCGAAAGGGCAGCUUACCAUGCUCUGUUGAACAAUCCUUUACCGAUUGGACAUAAUGUCAUUCAGGUGCAUGCAGUCGAUAGAGACAUCGGGAGGAACAGUGAGGUGCAGUACUCUCUGAGUCCCAACCAGCCUCAGGACAUCCAGGACACCUUCCAUGUACAUCCCACCAACGGCAAAGUCACCAUCUUGAAACGCAUCGGUAGACCAGGCGCGGUUGCAUCAGGCGUUCACAUUUCAGAAGAUAUCAUAUCGUAUCAGUUCUUCGUGCAAGCCACAGACAUGGGCGACCCGAAAAACACCCAAAGCGUCCCUGUAGAUGUUUACGUGUCACGCAACUCACGUCAGAAACGAGACGACUCUGAAGCCCAAGAGGACGAAAGUGCUUCUAGACGGUCGAGGAGAGAUACGAGUGCAUAUAGGAGUGGGAGGGUCGAUAAGCCGACGUUCAUUUCGCCUCCGAACGAUACAGUCAUUCAACUGAGCGAGACGGCGCCUUUGGGAACAGUGGUUUUCACAGUUGAGACGAGGACUCUUGACACCGAUCCCAUGCAAUACUCUCUCAUGGAUACCCCUGGGAUGUCCAGAAAUGGACCAGACAUGUUCGAAAUCAACUCGACUGGAUCAGUCAUCAAAAAAGCUAAUUUUGACUACCAACAAGGCACUGAGGAAAUAACAUUGGUUGUGGUUGCUCAGACUUCAAAUGCUUUUGUCUCAUCCCAAGAAUACAGAAUAAAGAUCCUAGACGAGAACAACAACGCGCCCAAGUUUGAGUCACAAGUGUACUCCAUCUCUCUUCCCGAGGAUUUCUACCAGAUAGCUGCCGACACAGCACGUCACGUGAUCACAGUCUCGGCUACAGACAGCGACUAUGGGGCCAACGGACAGAUCAUUUACACGAUGAGUGGUGAGGCAUCGAAUGGGUAUUUCGACCUGGACUCUACCACUGGCCGGGUAUAUGUGACCAGACCUCUGGACAGGGAGGAGAGGGACUCCUAUCUCCUCACCAUCAGUGCUGUGGACAGAGGCAGGCUGCAGUUGAUUGACACCAGUGUAGUCAAUGUCACUAUUAUAGACCUGAAUGACAACUCGCCUUUGUUUGCGGAGAGAGAAGCCAAAUUGGAAGUGAAUGAGAGUGUUGAGGUCGGAACAGUCGUGAUGACAUUGCACGCACACGAUAAAGAUCUGCCUCCAAAUAAUUUCGUCUUCUACUACAUUCAGAAUAGUACAGCAUACCAAAAUGAUUCGUCUACAGCCGGAAAUGAGGACAGCAAGUUCAAUAUCAACCAGAGCACUGGAGAUGUGUAUGUGCAUGGCAGAUUGGACAGAGAAAGGGCCACUAGAUACGAAUUGGUCAUUGUGGCCACGGACGGAAAGUAUUAUGACGAGAAGAAGGUCAAGGUCAUCAUCACCGAUGACAACGACAAUGCACCUCAGUGCACUCAGGAACCGAAGGAAAUCAAAAUUCCCGAGGACACCCCAAUUGGCACGACAAUCUUCGACUACAGUUCCAAUGUUAUUGACAUAGAUGCGGGAUCCUACAGCAAGAUCACCUUCUCUAUUGUUGUUCCCGAAGGAAACCUGCGUCCGCCAUUUUCAAUAGGACCUGAUAGCGGGAUCCUGAAAAUAUCUGAAAAAUUGGACAGAGAAUCCGAGGACCGGUACGACCUUUGGAUCCGAGCGACCGAUGGCGGAGGUCUCUUCUGCACCAUCAAACUUCUGGUGUUUCUGUUAGAUUGCAACGACAAUGCUCCACGAUUCGUUGGACAUUCGGAAGCAGCGGUUGUUGAAACCUUUCAUAUUAACCAGUUAAUAACCAAAGUUAGAGCAAUUGACAGAGACUUGAAAGAGAAUAAAACCGUCGAAUACCGACUCAUAGAUUCAGCCAAUGCACGUUUCAACAUUGACACUGGCUCUGGAAUGAUUUCAUUGGCUAGACUUCUCGACCAAUCAGCUGAGCAGUAUGUCCUGAAAGUGGAAGCAUACGAUCAAGGGGUUCCAAGGCUCUCAAGUACGACUGAAAUUACCAUCAGAGUUGGAAGUUCGAAAGAUAAACCUCCUCAAUUUGAACAGAUGGUGUACCAAGUGUUUGUGUCUGAAGCAACUGAAACCGGGUCUCAAAUUCUGAGCGUGAUUGCGGUGGCUUCUGAGGAAAGCGAGAAAUUCCCGAUUUCGUAUUCGAUUGUGAACGGAAAUGAUGACAAGUUGUUCAACAUGAACAGCUCGAACGGUUCCAUCUUUCUGAAUGAGAAGCUCGACUUUGAGAGGGUGCGCAGUUACCAGUUAGACGUCUACGCCAUCCAGCUGAAUGACUUCCAGAAGCCCCUCUCGGACAAGUGCAGUGUGCUAAUCAAUGUGACUGACUCGAACGACAAUGCACCCUACUUCCCCCAGGGCAUAAUAGAGAGGGAUAUUUCAGAGGAUACCCAACAUGGAGUGUCAAUUUACGUGGCGCAGGCUCUGGACAUGGACUUCAACUCUUCGCUGACUUACCACUUGGUGACCAAGACUCCCAACUUCGUUAUCACUGCCGAAACUGGAGUAAUAGUAGUGGGCAGUGCCCUAGACUACGAACAGAGGACGCACUUCACCCUGAAGAUAGCAGCGUACGACAAUGGAGUUCCUCAACUGAGUGGCUACAUGCAACUGAAGUUGAACAUCAUUGACAGAAACGACAACCCGCCUCGCUUUCAAAAAGACGAGUACAAGGUCCACAUUCCCGAAGACUUCCCCGAGAGUGACGUGUUAGAACUGAUCAAAGUGACUGACCUGGAUGGUCCUGGAAACGGAGCCCCCUUCAUUUUCUCCGUGGUGGGGGACUACGCGGACAAGUUCUCAGUGGACUCAGACGGUGUCCUAAAGAACACCAUGAAGUUGGGAGUCGGUUCAUAUAAGUUCAAGGUGAAUGUGAUGGACUCUGGGCUUCCUCCGGCGUCGAAUGAGGUGCCGGUCAUAGUGGAGGUGUACAAGGCUAGUGCUGAACCCCCGAGCAUAUUCAAUCACGAGGUCUUCAUCAUCAUCCUAGAGGACACUUUCCCCGCCGGAAAAAUUGCCGAAUUGACGGCUGUGGACAAUGACAAACACGACCAACUCUCCUACUGGGUGCACAAGCAGGAACCCCGUAGAACUCUAAGUCAGUCUGGCACAGCACUAACUGUCAGGGGAGACCAGACUGCUCUUAAUGCAGAGUCAGCUGAAGAGGAGGGAGAUGGUUCUCUGUUCUUCAUGCAGGACAGUGCCCUCUUGGCUCAGACUAAUUUAGAUGAGGGCAAAUAUCAUAUUAUUGUCAAGGUUACCGAUGGGAUCCACACGGAUAAGGGCAACGUGACUAUCCAUGUGAAACAAGUGACGCAUGAGAUGCUGCAGAAUGCAGUGACGAUAGAACUGUCCGAGAUGACUCCCCACGACUUCCUCUCCGCCUACCUCGUCCUCUUCCAGACUCUGAUGACGAUGACUGUGUUUGCUUCCUCUGAGAAAAUAGAAGUGGCAGUACUGAGUAUGCAGGAGACUGAUGACCACAACUUGAGGGUUCUCUUCUGUGUUUUCGAAACACUACCCGAGGGCAAACACAUCUAUGUUACUCGUGACGUCGUGGAACACACAGUGUCAAAUAGGAUGGAGCUGAUCAAGUCCAAGCUGCCGAUUGUGCAGAUAGUCUACGACAUCUGCGAGCAGCAGAGAAUGCAGUGCGAGAACAACACAGUGUGCACAAGUGUGGUGGACUUGGAACUGAAGUUAGGCUUCGAGAGCUACCGCAGCUAUUCGGCUAAGAGGAGCAGUUUCGUCACUCUCAAGCACAAUUGGUCGUCAAUGUGCAAAUGCAGUCCCAGAGAUACUUCGUGUGUGGAGACCGCCUGCCGGGACAACCCUUGUGGUGCUGGUCGGCGCUGCCACGCGGUGAGUGAGACUACCUUCCGCUGCGAGUGUCUGGCCUCUGAUUUGUCCAACUGUCGAAACAGAGACGACGAUCAGCCCACUUGUGAAUCACAACUAUGCACUGAGGACUACAGCCCCAUGUCGUUCCUGUCUGCUUCGUACUCUGGCUUCGUCAACUAUGAGGUGCCAGCAGUGGAGCUGUUCUCAGUCGUGUCCAUCCGCCUCUCGUUCCGCCUCGAAGCCAGAGUGGACAACGGGGAGAUGCUCAGUAUAAUUGGGGAGACAGACUACGCUAUAGUUGAUGUGAAAAAUGGUCACGUUCGGUUCCGGACCAACAAGAACACAGCUCUCAACUCUGCUAAAAAGUUCAACGACGGAGUGUGGCACUAUGUGGAGGCGUUCUUCGACGGACAAACCAGUUCCAUCUGUGUGGACAACAUCUACUGUGCCUCCGAGACCUCGGAACAGCCGGCGGGAUACGAACAUGGACAGGGACUAGGAGUGGACUUGUCGUCUAGGAUGGUGUUCAUAGCAGAUAGAAUGGAAAAGAGACAGGAAAUAUCACAGUUCAGAAAGCGCAACUCAUUCGACACUCUUGCGUGGAACAACUACUACCGCUACUUUGGAUGCAUAGACGACAUCUUCAUCAAUGACGUCAGACUGCCUAACCCCCUGGAACACAGACAGCAAGCACACACUCUCAUGGUCAAACAUAACUCACAGUCAGUGAAGGUGUUGGACUUCAAAAAUGUAGAGACAAAAUGCAACUCAGCUCUCGUCACCCUCAGUUCUUGUGCUAAUAACCCCUGUUUCCACGGUGGAACCUGCCGAGGUGCUGGUUCUUCUUACGAAUGUCUGUGUGACGUAUUCGCUUCUGGAUCCAGAUGUGAAACCUUAAAGACCAAAUGUGGAUUGAGUUCCACGUGUGCUGAAGGGAGCAUCUGUCGCACUAUGGAUGGAUCACUGACCAAUUACACGUGUCACUGUCCAAAAGGCAUCAAAGGUCAGAGAUGUGACAGCGAAAAAUACUGCGAGGGUACCAAUCUACCCUGUCAGAAUGGGGGUAUCUGUGAUGACAGAUCCUACUCCUUCUACUGCCAGUGUCUCGAUGGCUUCUUCGGAACAUACUGUGAGAAUGACAUCAACGAGUGUGUCUUUUCGGAUCCAGUCUGUAAAAAUGGAGGCACGUGUGAGAACACUCCUGGAGCAUACAAGUGCAAUUGUGGCAGCCAGUAUUCCGGCCGCAACUGCGAGGUCCUCACAAGUUCCCAGAUGUCUAUUUCGGCCGCCGAUUGGCUCUUCUCUCUCCCUCCAGAAGUGCUGAUAUCAGUGUUCAUCAUCCUCGUCAUGCUGUUUAUAGUGUGUGUGCUGCUGGUGACUUGUGUCAAGUACAGGAACACUAAGAAGAAGCUGAGACAGAAUGCAUUCCCCUUGAUACCUUAUCCUCAGUAUCCGGCUAACAGUACUCACUCGAACCAGUACCUUCCGUACUCCAAAAUGAUGCCGCACUACCCUGGCUACGCUUCGAGCAGCGGAUUCCCUCCAAGCAACACUGCCGGAUCCACUUCCUCGAUAACGAACCACAGUUACGCCAGACUGCCCGGCUUCUCAAACGCCCCUCCCUCCGGUCCAAUUGUAUACUACGACAGAAAAGGACGUCCUAUCUCGCCCUCAAACACAAUUCGGUCGUCAAUAGAUUAUGAACACCACAAGAGCAGUGAAAAAGGCAGCAAGUAUGGAAAAAUACCCGGGCUGAGAGUGGAUCUCCCCCCUGAAAUGACAAACGGACAUGGCGGAAAUCCCAAUGAAAGGAGGGGAACGAAUAGAAGAAAGUCGUCUAAUUCCGACAAUGAUCAACAUUAUGCCACUUCGUGCUACAUGCCUCCAAUCACCAGCUUAUCGACUGAAAGUCAGCCCGUGAUGCACUACUCGGAUGGGGGAUCAUCAGCUACUUGCAGUAUCGCAGGCAGACAUCGGGACAUUUCCGGUCGCAUAGACGACUGGGAACCCUUUGCCGAAGUGGACCCUUCACUUGAGGAGCCAACGGGUGGUCCAGGUAUGAUGCGAUGGGGUGAACGGGAGGGUGAGGAACGGACGAUGGAGUCACCCAAUUUGACAGACGAACCAGCUUCGAGUAACGGAGAAUACUCGCGGGUUCCCAGAAGAGCUAAAAUAAGAAGAUUCCCUCGAAAUUCAUCGAACAAUAGUGGAGGUCACUACGACAAAAUAAUCCGAACUUAUCGUCCAAACCACAGCGAACAUAGCAGCACAUUGUACGACACACCCGAAUGCGAAAACAACACGAACCCUCGAUACAAACAGCCGCGAAACGGUAUCUAUCAACCCUACUCGUCAAUCGAAAGACCGAAUAAAAGGAUCCCUGUAGCUUCGGCUAAGUUCAUAAACCAUCUACCCCCUUUGAGCUCAUUUUCACCCGCCGCAGCUUAUAGGAGUAAUAAUAUCAACGACUCGCCCACGACAUCAAACGAAACUCCAACCGAAAGUGCUGCCGAAAAUACCGAACAACUCUCAGAAGAUGAAACAACUAACGAAGAAAUCCAAAAUGACAACAAAGCUGAGCAAACUGAAGACUCUAAAGUUGACCUUGAAACCAGUAAAGAUUUCAAUAAUCGUGAUUUGGAUGAGAAUUCUGACAAAGCUUUGAAAAAAUUGCAGUCAAUUGAAGAGAACUGUGAUGAUGUUCUAGAACGAGUAGAUAAUAAUUGCGAAUUUGUAAGUGAUGCAUGAUCGAUUUUGAAUUAUGCAAAAAUUAUGUUUUUAGUUUGAGUUUUGUAAAAUAUGUUUGGUAAGUUUAUAAUUUUCGUAAAUUAAAAAUUUAAAUUAUGUUA